UGAAGUGCUGUAUUAUGUUAGCGAAGAAGAACGUGAUAGUGGUAGAACUAUGCUAAUGCUAUGUUGCAAACUUUAUGUUAAAGUAGCUGCAGUGUUGCUCGCUAAACGUAUUUGUUUCAGAUUGGAGUGAAAUUGUUAAAUAACAAACAAAAUUCGCAGUUAUGCUGGCUAAUGACACUAGGAAAUAGACGACCCUCUCGCGGUUCAAUGUUGCUAGUUCCGGUUUAGUUUAGUGUCUCGUGCCACCGGGGGGGUUCAUGUUCAACAAGCUCCCCGCUACUCUGCUGUCCUUUCCCGGUAGGCUGCUCUCCGUCAGCCGAGCUUGCCGCCUCCUCGGCAGCAGGAUGGAGCCGGCUUUGGUGAGGUGUGUCCCGGGGGAGCCCAAACUGACAAUAUCUUUCAGCUUAGCGGGCAGUCAGAAACACAUGCUGCGGGAGCAGAGCGAGCCUUUGGGGAAGGUCCUGGCCCGUAUCGCCUGUAACUUCACAAAGGGCAAAGCCAAGAAAACUAAAAGGAAUGCGGAGCAGCAGCCGGCUGAAACCUCCUCGGAGCUCGCCGUGGUGAAGCUCUUCCUGGACGGCAGCGAGGUAGAGGCCACGGUGUUGAACUCGGAGGCGUGGAAGGACGGAGCGGUAUUACAGGUGGGGGACGUUAAAUACCUUAUCACCAGGAACGCUCCUACAUUCACUACCGCCGAGCUGCCCGGAUCCCUUUUGGCUGGAUUCCCGGUGUGUCCAAAGCUGGAGGUGGAGUUCGGAGACCUGCAAGACUGCGAGUUCAUGUGGUUCAAAGAAAAGGUCCCAAAUAUAAGUGUUCAAGCUUCUGGCGAUGCGGCCGCUGAGGACAUCACCUGGACAGAAGUAGCACAUACUAGAGUCUACGUCCCGUCCAAUCAGGACAUCGGCUGCAAACUGAAGCUGUGCUGCACACCCGUAGAUGGCCGCCGCAGCGGGCAGCCUAUAGAGCUAGUCUCCACCAGCGCCGUGGAAGCCGGACCGGGCAUGUGCACAUUUGACACUCGACACGCGUACACAGCCAAACACGUGGACUGGCCGUUUAUGAGAGUGGUGUCCUACAAUAUACUGGCGGACAUCUACGCACAGACAGAACUGUCCAAGACGGUUCUGUAUCCCUACUGCGCCCCCUAUGCCCUGCAACUGGAUUACAGACAGAACCUGAUCAAGAAGGAGCUGGCAGGGUAUCGUGCUGAUAUCGUGUGUCUGCAGGAAGUUGACAAAGGGGUGUUUUUGGACAGUCUGACUCCAGCUCUUGAUGCCUUCGGCCUGGAUGGUGUUUUUAAGGUUAAAGAGAAGCAACAUGAAGGAUUGGCGACUUUCUACCGCAGGACAAAAUUUAAGCUGGUGAGUCGUCAUGACAUCACGUUGAGUGCGGCACUGACCUCUGACCCCAUUCAUGGUGAUCUGCUGGAGAGGGUCUCGGCUAACACCCCCCUGAAAGACAGGAUUUUGAAGAGGUCCACGUCCUUACAGGUCAGCGUGCUGGAGGACCUCAGCCAUGCAGGUAGAAAGGUGUGCGUAGCAAACACACACCUGUACUGGCACCCUCAAGGAGGGAAUGUUCGAUUGGUCCAGAUGGGCGUGGCUCUGCGGCACCUGAGUCAUGUGAUCGAUGAGGUCGCCCCCGGAGCGCCAUUGGUUUUUUGUGGCGACUUCAAUUCCUCUCCGACCUCAGGCGUGCUCCAGCUCGUCACCGAGACUGUGGUUCCCCAGCAGCACGCAGACUGGAGCAGCUCGGGCCCGGAGGAGUCGUGCAACAUGGAGCUACCGUCCACCUUCCCCCCCUUGCUGAGCGCCUGCGGCCCACUGGCCUACACCAACUACGUGGGCGGCUUCCAAGGCUGCCUGGACUACAUCUUCAUCCAGCCGGAGAGCAUGCAGGUGGAGCAGGUGAUCCCUUUGCCGAGCCACGAGGAGGUCACCACUUACACAGCUCUGCCAAGCGUGGCGCACCCUUCUGACCAUAUUGCGCUGGUCUGCGACCUGCACUGGAAACCCUCUUGAUGGACAUAAGAGAAGCAUGAAGUCAUGUGACACUCAUGAGCAACUAAGUUAUAUCCCAUUUAAUGAGCUUUAAUGAUUAAUGUUUUUAUUUAAAGUCUCGUGAGUCGCUGAUAUUCAGUGCUUGUUUGUUACUGGGAAGCAGCUUGCAUGACAAACACAAGAUGUGACCAAUCAUUAACAUAUUUGUUAUGAAAUUAACCAUGUAUUACUUUUUGGUCCCGAGCUGAAAAAUCAUUUUUAAAUAAAGUACCACU